GCAUCGUCUACGUCUUGACAUUAUUUUCUUCGUCGCAAACGCCAGCGUCAAUCUCGUAUUUUUCUGCCGCCACAUUUAGCGGUUCGAAAUCGUUCGAAACCUAUGAAAGAGCUCGAAGACUCUGGUUUGGGCGUUUCGAGCGUGAUGAUACACAAACACAUGGUGGAGGGCUGCAUUGUAGACUGUUGUCUUGCUCGAACGGAGGCAGUGAUUUGAACGAUAAGAAGCUACGGCUGCAGUCGUGAAGACCAUGUACGCUCGCCGCCUAGUAUCGCUGCUGUCCACCGCUAUAUCCUCCCGUCCUCCUCUGCAAUCGGGCAUUCGCUCUAGCUCUGUGGGGGCUGGCACCGCUGGCGAGAGCGACAUUCAUGACGUGACGGAGGUACGUUCUCCCCGUCGUGCAGCGUCCGUUUGCUAUCGAAGAAUGAUCCAGACGACCUCCCCCUCACCGUUGGGGCGGAUCAACUUGAUGCCGUAUGUUGUGACCAACGCGAAGGCGCGUAGCUCCGGUGCGCCUUUGCUUUCAUGGCUCUCACGCGGGCGUGAAGCAGGUCUCGUGCUAUUCCGCAUACUAUAGCCCAUAUGGUAUGUUCGUCGGUCGUGCUUGCCUAUGGUCUUGCAAAAAGGCGCUUUGAAGUCGCUGGCCCUAUGUCAUCAGGGCUUUCCUGUUGAUCACGCAUGGGUACCGCCGUUCACCCGUAUCACCCCAUUGAUGAGAUGUAGCAUUUUUUGUGUUCAAACAGGAACAUCAAUCAAUCUCAUCAUCCGUCAAUUAGAAUUUGCGGCCACUUGCUUCACGGGCGCCUCGAGCUGUGGCCCAGUGACACAAUUCUGUGUCACGUGUGACCUGAUCACUGUCACGGCGCUUUUGAUAUCGUCGUAGUCUUGGCCCAGGACGGACUCGUCGUCGGAGAGUCUAUCCAGCAGAAUUGUCAGCUUUGAGAGAGAAAAAUGAAAUGCUUACCGUUCAUCCAUAGAUUUUUUCGCGCUCUCUACAUGCAGGAGUUAAUAUUGAGGAGGCACCCUGUCAGCGAUCGCAGCCGAAGGUUAGUCCACAGCAAGCGGG